CACACGCAUGCUCAAAAGUCAACAUGCUCACUGGAGCCUGUUGCCUUAAACACAAUGAGGUACAUCGUGCAUAUUAGGAGAAGCAUUAGCUCAGGAGUCAAUAUUUGCCUUCCUUUUCUCCUAUUCAUGCUUUGAAGAAUGGCUACACACUAGAUGAAGCAUAUAGGAUCUAACAGGGCUGUUAUCUGGCUUGGAUAAGCACUAUACAAUAUAGAUUAUUAUAGAAGUAACAGAGUGGUUUUACACAGACAGAUCUUUGGAAAACACUGCACUACACACACUGGGAAUACCGAAGCAUCCCCUCCUUCUGUUGGAACUUGUCAAGACAGCACUGCCUCCAGAAUGUUACAGAUGGUCAAUGACUGGCUGUGGUGGGAACGUCUGUGGCUGCCAGCAAAUGUCUCCUGGUCUGAUCUGGAGGACAAUGAAGGUCGUGUCUACGCUAAAGCCUCUCAACUUUAUGCUGUUCUGCCAUGCGCCCUCUGCCUGCUUGUUGUCAGAUACCUGUUCGAGACAUGUGUGGCCACACCACUGGCUAAUACUUUUGGAAUCAGGGACAGGGUGCGUCUUACAGCAGAACCUAAUCCUGUCCUAGAAAACUACUUCUGCACCCAAACACGGGUUCCAUCACCGGCAGAUGUGUUGUCUCUGUGUAAGAAGACCAGCUGGACAGACAGGAGAGUUCAACUGUGGUUCAGGAGGAGGAGGAACCAGGAGCGUCCUGGUCUUCGCAAGAGGUUCUGUGAGGCGAGUUGGAGAUGUGCGUUUUAUUUUUUUGCAUUUUUUGGUGGAGUUGUAGCUCUCUAUGAUAAACCCUGGCUUUAUAAUCUGAAAGAGGUUUGGGCAGGUUUUCCAAAACAGUCCAUGCUGCAAUCUCAGUAUUGGUACUACCUCUUGGAAAUGGGUUUCUACCUCUCCCUGAUCUUAAGCCUCACAUUUGAUGUGAAAAGGAAGGACUUCAAAGAGCAGAUUGUUCACCAUAUAGCAACACUGACUUUACUGAGUUUCUCCUGGAUUUCAAACUACAUCCGUAUUGGCACUCUAGUGAUGGCAGUUCAUGACUCUGCUGACAUCCUCCUGGAGGGUGCAAAGGUAUUCAACUAUGCCAAGUGGCACAUGACUUCUAAUACCAUGUUUGUGGUGUUUACAUUUCUGUUCAUGGUCACAAGACUUGUCAUUUUUCCUUUUUGGUUGAUCCACUGUACAUGGGUGUAUCCAGUGGAGGAAUUUGCACCCUUCUUUGGGUACUAUUUCUUCAACAUCAUGUUGUUGGUGCUCCAGAUACUCCACCUCUACUGGGCUUUUCUCAUAACACGAAUGCUUUUAAAAUUAAUCUUCAGCAAGUUGGAUGGUGAUGACAGGAGUGACGAAGAGGAGGAAGAUGACAGUGAUCCACAAAAAGAAACAAACCACAAACUGAACCAUAUGAAUGGAUCUGGAGCCAGAGGCCGAGCCAAUGGCCACUGACACACAGAGACAGGCAAAGAAGAACAGAACAGCAUGCACAUGGACAUUUUCAGUCUGAAUAACAGUGGUUAAAAUCUAAUUAAGUAUACAGAAAGACUGAGAUUAUUAUUAAAUGAACUGUGAAGGAAGAACCUGUAUUAUAUGAAGCAACAGUUUUUUAAACUCACUAAAUAUAGUAGGCAACAUUUAAUAAUAUGUUAUUUUAUUGUUAUCUGAUAAUAAAAACAGAAUGCUCUCA